CAUUGCUGUGCAAGCAGAUGUUCUUUCUCCGAUGCCAGUUCUCUCCCUUUUCGCAUUUGGAGAAGGUAUUCUUUCGCGCGAAGGCAGCAAAGUGAGAAGAAAGAAAGCAAAGAAACACCCUCCCCUCCUCGGCUCCGAGACGGAGGGAGAGUUGUGAACGGAUAGCUGCUUUUGGAGAAAUACAGUAGACUACAGUAGCGAGAGCGAGGCAUCAGUUUAUUUACCACACCUGUGAUGCGUUGUUCUGAGCAACGAAGACGCGCGACCGGGAUACUGAUGGCCACGCUACGGCAGGAGGAUAUGUGCUGAGGAAAGGACUUGGGCGUGAGGGGAAAAAACAGAACAGGCGUGAAGUGCUACAGAGGACACUCUCCGGACCUUUAAAAAGCCCAGUGUGCCCGUGUUUCGUCUCUGCUCUCUGCCUUUUUGUAAAACUUAGGUGAUAGAAAAAAAAACCCCACGAAGAUGCCCUUACUUCUGGGCCCCUUUGUCCGCUGUAGGCUCAGCGCCACGCUCCUUGCGCUCUGGCUCGUCCUCUCUGGCUUCACCUGCACUGGUGGUUCUGAGCACGCUGCCACGGCGACGCUUCCCGCCGCCUUCUCGGACCUGUUACCUCACUUCCAGAUAGAGCCGGAGGACGAGUACAUCGUAAAGAACAAGCCGGUGACUCUGACCUGCCGCUCCACCCCGGCCACGCAGAUCUACUUCAAGUGCAACGGCGAGUGGGUUCACCAAGAUGACCACUUGAUUGAACGGACUGUUGACCCAGCAACAGCGCUGCCAGUCAUGCAGGUGACAAUCGAAAUAACCAGGCAGCAGGUGGAGAAGAUCUUCGGACUUGAUGAGUACUGGUGUCAGUGCGUCGCCUGGAGCACCACCGGAACCCAGAAGAGCCAGAAAGCAUACAUCAGGAUUGCUUACCUGAGAAAGAACUUUGAGGAGGAGCCGCAGGGUAAAGAGGUGGCAUUGGACCAGGAGGUGUUGCUGCGCUGCCAUCCCCCCGAGGGAGUGCCACAAGCCGAGGUGGAGUGGCAGAGAAACGAGGAUGUGAUCGACCCAGCGAGUGACCCCAAUUUUGUCAUCACGCCCGACCAUAAUCUCGUCAUCAAAAAAGCCCGGCUGGCCGACACCGGCAACUACACGUGCGUGGCCAAAAACAUCGUCGCUCGCCGCAAAAGCACCUCUGCCGCAAUCCUUGUCUAUGUCAACGGUGGCUGGUCCACGUGGACCACCUGGUCGUCCUGCAGUGCCGUGUGUGGGCGUGGCUGGCAGAAGAGGAGUCGGAGCUGCACCAACCCCACGCCACUGAAUGGAGGCACAUCCUGUGAGGGGCAGAACGUCCAGAAAAGUGCCUGUGUGGCCACCUGUCCAGUGGACGGAGGCUGGAGCGAGUGGAGCAAGUGGUCAGCGUGUGGCGCAGACUGUUCGAUGUGGAGGAGCAGAGAGUGCACCCAGCCCUCACCUGGCACAGGGGGCAAAGACUGCCAGGGGCUUGAUCUCCAGUCUCUCAACUGUACCAGCGAGCAGUGUCCACAGACCGUGAGUGGAGCUGAGGAUGUGGCGCUCUACGUGGGCAUGGUGGCCGUGGCCUUGUGUCUGACCCUGCUGCUCAUUGUGGUCGUCCUGGUCUACAGGCGCAAGAAGGAAGGCCUGGAUGCCGACGUGGCCGACUCCUCCAUCCUCACCACUGGCUUCCAGCCCAUGGGCAUCAAGCCCAGCAAGCCAGGUGUGUGGGCGCCGCGGUCACGCAGGGCUCCCCCCCACAGCAAGAACUCCCAUUUACUCACCAUCCAGCCUGAUCUAACCACCACCACCACCAGUUAUCAAGGCACCCUGCGCUCUCGCCACGAUGCCACCGGGAAGUUUUCGAUGACCAACGGGCCUCUGCUGGACCCGCUUCCCAACGGCUCGCACACCUUGCACAACGGCAAGCUCAAUUCUGACGCUGCUGCCGAGUUUGUAAGCAGGCUCUCCACCCAGAGCUACUUUAAAACGCUGCCCCGCGAUGUGGCCAACACCUCCUAUGGGACCUUCAACUUCCUAGGCGGCAGGCUGACUAUCCCCAACACAGGAAUCAGUCUGCUCAUUCCUCCCGAGGCCAUCCCCAGAGGAAAGAUCUAUGAGAUUUAUCUCACUGUUCAGAGGAAGGAAGAUUUAAGGUUACCCGUGGCUGGCUGCCAGACCCUCCUCAGCCCCAUUGUGAGUUGUGGCCCUCCGGGGGUGGUCCUGAGCCGGCCAGUUAUCCUCAGCAUGGACCACUGCUUUGAUGCAUGCCUGGAUAACUGGGCCGUGCGCCUUAAGAAGCAGAAUUAUGAGGGCGCUUGGGAGGACGUCCUGUUGAUGGGAGAGGAGCUGGUGUCAGACCCUUAUUACUGCCAGCUCGAGGCCGAGACGUGCCGGCUCUUCUCGGAGCAGCUGGGUACAUUCGCCCUGGUGGGCGAGUCCCUGCACAUGGGCGCCGCCAAGCGCCUGAGGUUGGUGCUCUUCUCGGACGCUUACUGCUCCACGCUGGAAUACAACAUCAGGGUAUACUGCAUGGACGACACGCAGGACGUCUUCAAGGAGGUGAUGCAGAUGGAGCGGCAGCUCGGGGGUCGGCUGAUUGACGAGCCUCACGUCCUGCUUUUCAAAGACAGCUACCACAACCUGCGCCUGUCCAUCCAUGACAUGCCCCAGGCGCACUGGAGGAGCAAGCUGCUAGCCGGCUACCAGGAGAUCCCGUUCUACCACAUCUGGAACGGUUCCCAGCGGUACCUGCACUGCACGUUCACUCUGGAGCGGCUCAGCCUCAGCACCUGCGAGCUCACCUGCCAGCUGUGUGUGUGGCAGGUGGAGGGGGAGGGACAGAGCUUUAGCCUGGACUUUAACAUUGCCAAGGACACUCGAGCGUUGGACUCUGAGUUUCUGUUAAUGGACAGUAACGCCACAGCUCUGGCGGGACCCAGCGCCUUUCAGAUCCCGUACCUCAUCAGGCAGAAGAUCUGCAGCAGCCUGGACGCCCCCUGUCCCAACGGAGCCGACUGGAGAAUGCUAGCACAAAGACUUAAACUCGAGAGACACAUGAGUUUCUUUGCAUCCAAAGCAAGCCCAACCUCUGUGAUCCUGGACCUAUGGGAGGCGCAACAUUUCCACAGCGGCAACAUCAACCAGCUGGCCACGGUCAUGGCCGACAUCGGCAAACAGGAAGCCAUGAUAUUCCUGGUCUCCGAUGGCGAGUGCUAACCUAGAAAAGAGGGACAGACUGGUGCCGAGGAAAAGUACACAACGUGAUACACUAAUACGCAUUCUUACACACAUAAAAAAACAAUAACUGCAGCGGGAAUCGAAGAACAGAGCUGUCCCAGCGUUCCUUUUCUUCACUUUAGAAGAUAAGAAAGUGUUUAUGUAGGAUUGAGUCCCUAUUUCCCAUCAAACACAGUAAAAAUCUUUAAAUGACAGACCAAAUGAGGAACAAGGGGGUAGAGUUUGGGUGUGUGUGUGUUUGGGGAAAACGUAUUCACAGACUCAGUAGAGAAAGUACCUUUUAUUUCCCAUCAAAGACCCAAGUUAAAUUAGUCCAUACCCUAGUUCUGCUGCAAAGGUAACAUCAAAUUAACUCUUCUAAACAGGCCGCGUACGGCUUAACAAGGAGCAAUAUGCAAAUGUAACGCUAUUAGUAAUGGCCAAUAUUGCAAAUUCAGUCGUUAAUUUUUGAACUUGGAUUCAAAAACCGUGUGUUUUUAAACAGUCAGUUAAAAGGAAGGUGGCAAAAAAGGGUGCAGGUCAUUUCAGGUUAAAGAGAACCAGCAACAUAUGCAAUUGGCAGGUUCGUCACAUGACAUCAACUCAGAAGAUUAGCCCACUUUUUUUUUUUCUUUACCUUUUUUAUUUUAUUUUAAAGCAACCUAGUGAGACUGUGUGCGUGCGUGUGAGUCACAUAAUCUGUUUAACACACAGACGGCUUGUAGCGGAUUCUGGACUUGCUGGUUUAAAAACAGAUUGUGUGUCUGAGCCCCCCAAAAACCCAUCUCAUGUAGUUUGUGUGUGCGUUGUGUGUGUUGUAGUCCAGCCGGUAUCACUAUUGUGAAUCUAACAUCUUGACAUCUUGAUUCAGUGAGACGCUUUGCAGCUUUUCCCCCUUUUAAAUCGAUAUAUGUGAGGUUUGGGUUCUCUGGAUCCUUUUUUUUUUUUUUUUUUUGAAGUGAUUAAUAUCUUGACUUAAAGUCAUAUUUUAAAGGAAAUUUCUAUUUAAAGCCUUCUGAUUUUGAUCCAUAAGGUUUCCACAUUUUAUAUUACCCCAAUCGUUCAUCGUGGCGUUUCUGUUUUAAAUUCCACAGCUUAAUGAAGGAGCCAUAGGGCCGAGAGGCACGCCGACUGCACGUGCGAACACUGAAUGUCGUCAAAGCUCAUUUCUAAAAUGACAUUUUCCUCUUGAUUACAUUGAUUUUUGUAGUCUAAAAACAUGGCCCGAAGGGUUAUUAUUCCAUAUGAAUUAUGUAGAGCACUUUCCCUCAGAAAAAUCUGACAACAAAUUCUUCAAAAUCAUCACAAGAUUACUCAUGUUGAAAGGGUAAUUGUGCAGCUUUGUUUGUAUUAUUCAUAAAGCAAUGUUGGUGGGAAUUCUGCAUUUGCUGUGUGGCAAACAGUAUUUCCACAUCAGAGAGAAGCCCGUCUCUCAGAUAAAAUAAAGAGCAGCUUUUUCAUAAUGUCACCCCCUCUGCUCACAAAUAGAUGCUUUGAAAGGAUUUCUUUUUUUUUUUUUUGGCUAUCUGUAUCCAGACAGCAACAAUUAUCCAAUAGAUUCAUGCAAAAAUCCAUAAACUGCAUCGGCGCAUUUGCAUUCUGUCGUAUUUCACUAACAGUAUUUUUCUUUUUCUCGUAACGAAUCUGUCAAACAAACACAAAAAUUUCUCGUUUAGCAAUUUUCCUUCGGUGAGGUGUGAGCAGUCCCAAACUAGCCAUAGGUUCUCUCUGUGUCUGCCUCAGGGUUGCAUGUGAAGUUGUCUGUUCAAAGCUAUAAUGAAAACCCCGCCCCUUUCCAUUCAAACAGCGAGGACGGCCCAAUCCUGCGGGCUCAAAUGGUUUUUAACCUUUAAGAUGAAAUGAUUGUCAGAUUUUUUGGAAUGUACAUUAGUUUCCUUGUAGCAGGCAGAAAGUUUGACUUUCUUUUUAUACCGUCACCCAUCGCCUUGCUCGUUUAACCACAUCUCCCCUCAGAGUCCCGUUACCAGUUUAUAUAAAGAUGCCGUGAAAAUGAUCAGAAACUCAAAAUCUUUUCAAGUUGAAUCAGAUCGCCGUGCAUAAUUUGUAAAUACUUUUCUAUACCAGCCGUGUGCUGUCACUUUGCAUACUGUAUAUCAGCAGAAUUGUUAACCAAAGUUUUCUGAAUAUCAUUUCGAGGGCCACCGCAUCCUCACGCCGUGUCCACAAAUCCACUGUUUUCUAGAGUAGCUGUCUCUUUCAUUGUCUUUCCUUUUCCCCUCUUUUUAAGGCAUCUCAAUGCUGUUUGUUUACGCAGUACUCUGUGUCACCUUAUCACUUUGUAAACAAAUGUAAAUUAUAUUUUAAUAUGAAGCCAAAAAAGACACUUAACUGGCGCAGCAUUUGUCAAGUCUAAAACCGUGACGUGUUUGCCUAUAUACUGUUGUUUGGCGAUCUAGCAGACUAUUUGCAGUGUUAAGGGUUUCGAGACUGUUUCACAGGAAAGCUUUCUGUCGACGUUUUGUUCGUCCUUAACUCUGCGCACUUGAUGAUUCCUGUAACUGUAAGCAUUUAAAAAUCCAAGGUGGAAACUGUCACUUGUGCUUAACGAGUCACCGCGUCGGUGGGCGAGCUGCGUGGCUAAUUGGAGAGCGAGGGCGUCGGUUCUCGGACGCUGACGAGCCGGCGUCGGCGCGGCACGUUUAGAUGAGCCACGGCAGCUGUACAGUCAGAGCGCAUGUGUGUUUCUUCACCCCCCCCUCCGUCAUCGUCUUGGAUAUGUUGCCUAAGCACAUUUCAGUAAUGUAAUUCACCAGCCGCCAGGAUGUUGAGCAUCUUAUCUUCACAUCUAGCUCGUCCGACAAAUCUAACAAUUCUGCUAUGACUCAGUGUGUGUGCGUGUGUGUGCGAUGAAUACAGUUUGAGAGAAAACCCAAGCCUGAUAAUUCUGUGUAAGUAUGUGUCAGUAACAUACAAGCUUUGUUCAAGGGUUUAUACUGUCAGUUCACCCCUGUGUUAUGGGGAGAAAUGUAACAUCUCAGCACUGUACUUUUUGUGUCACUCAUUACUAUUCAGUGUCAAGGAUGUAUUUGAGUGUGUGUGUGUGUGAGAGAGACUGGGUGUGUGCAUACCUCCCCGUCACUCUUACUAAACUGUUUUCUUUUUGAAGUAAGAACAAUAGACUUCUGUACUUGUGAAUGGUUUUUUCUCUUUAGUUCCUUGAUUCAAUGUUCCUUGCCUUUCUGCAAGUCAAAAAUGCUGUAUUUAUUACAUGCCACAGCGCUUAUGCAAUUGUAUAAUCCUCCUUUAUGUUCCUUUGUUUUUAACCUUUUUUUGUGUUCCCUAUCGUUAAUGUAAAUUGUUGUCGAAACUUUUGUGGCGAUGGAAAAACUUCUGCUAAGGGAGAUUUUCUGUACUUUUUUGGACAAUGAUAUGGAUUUGUGGGUAGAAUUUUGGAAAUUCGUUUCUAAGUGCUUUCAAGUAUUUACUUGGCCUUAUGUAUAUAUAUCUAUCUAUGACAUUUCAGAAAGGUAUGUAUAGUAAUUCAAUCCGAAAAUUGUUGUAAAUAAAUUAUAUAUUGUUAAA